AAGUUCCGUACAUUUUCUUCAGACAUUUGAAACAGUGCAGUUUUGCUUUUGAGGUUACUUCAUGUGUUCUUGUUUACCUCGAGAAAUUGUGAAAAUCCUCGGAAAAUAUGGAACUAUUCGACGUAAAAAGAUAUGCUCCUGGCCAGAAACAAGCGGAUCCGGGGAGGGAAAACAGGCUUCUUGAGAAACUCCAAGGAAUCAUUGCAGAGAAGAAGAAAAUCCUCGAGGAGAAGCAAGAGAAGCACAAGGAACCAAGUGUGGAGAAGGAUCAGCCGGCUGAGCAUGAAAUUGAAGAGUCCGAAGAGGAGGAAACUGUUAUUCAAACUCCCGGCGAAACCUUCAAAAUCCUCGGCGAUGAGCAAUUUGCGGAGAAAGAGAAGGUCAAGCGGACUCUGCCUUCCUGGCUCUCUCAUCCUGUCGUGAUCUCCAAUGAUCUGACUCAGAAGACAGAGAGAAUCGAUGACAUGCCAUUCUUGAGCCCUGAAAUGAGGGAGAAUCUGAAGAAAAUGGGAAUUGAGACACUCUUUCCGGUGCAGAAGCAAGUAAUUCCCUGGAUUCUCGAUGCUCACGCCAAUCCUCCACCCUUCAGGCCACGAGACAUCUGUGUUUCCGCCCCGACGGGCAGUGGAAAGACAAUCGCCUUCGCCUUGCCCAUCAUUCAGCUCCUGAUGCAGCGGACAACCCAGAAAAUCAGGGCUCUGGUGGUGCUUCCUGUGCGUGAAUUGGCCGCCCAGGUGUUCACGGUGUUCAAGAACCUCUCGAAGGGUACAAAUCUCAAUUGUCUGCUCUUCUCGCCGAACAGAUCCUUUGCCGAGGAGCAAAAGUACCUCGUGAAGGAAGUGAACGGGAAGAUGCACUCCAGAGUGGACAUCAUUGUCACCACGGCUGGUCGCUUGGUGGAACAUCUCUGUGGCACUCCGGGAUUCUGCCUGAAGGACCUCAAGUUCCUGGUGAUCGACGAAGCGGACAGAAUUAUGGAGCAAAUCCAGAAUGAUUGGCUUUAUCAUCUCGAGAAUCACCUUCAGAAGGAUGUUCAGCACUUUCCGGGCAGAAACAUUCCAGUCUCUCUCAUGACACUCAAGGGGGAAUUGGCCAAGCAGCCUCACAAGCUUCUCUUCUCCGCCACUCUGUCUUCGGAUCCCGAGAAGUUGGAGAAUAUGAAGCUCUUCCUGCCCAAACUAUUCACAUCCGUGGCCACGGAGUUCAAAUACACGGAAGGGAAUCAGGAAGCCAGCAAAGAGCUCGUUGGGAAGUUCACCACACCAGCAGAAUUGACGGAGAAGAUCUGCGAGACGGAAAUGGAGAAGAAACCAUUGACACUCUUCAAGCUAAUCACAGAGAAUUCGUGGCGAAGAUUUCUCUGCUUCACCAACAACAACAUCGCAGCCAAUCGCUUGACUUUUGUCCUGCAGAAGAUGCUCGGAGAUGGUCUGGUGGUUAAGGAUUUGUCGGCUAAUCUGAAAAAGAACGCUCGAAUGGCGAUUUUGAGCAAGUUUGCUGCCGGGAAAGUGCACGGAUUGGUGAGUUCUGAUGCUCUGGCGAGAGGAAUUGAUUUGCCAAAUGUUGACGUCGUGGUGUCUUACGACUGCCCGCGUCACAUCAGAACCUACAUUCAUCGCAUUGGCCGAACAGCACGCGCAGGACGUCCAGGAACUGCUGUGACUCUAAUCAGUCAAGAGGAUCGAGAGAUGUUCAAGAAAAUUCUCACCACAGCAGGGAAGUCUCCUCUGCAGGACAUCAAAGUGUCUUCAGAGAGUCACGAAGAGAAGUUCUCUUCAGUCCUCGUGGAGCUGAACAAGUAUCUGAAGGAUGAGAAGAAGAGAAUGUCCGUGAGAACUCAGAAGGAUGAAAACACAAUGAAAAAACCAGCUUUGAAGAGGAAAAAAGUCGAUCCUGAACCCGGAAAGCUGAAGAGGAAGAAGAAGAGACUGCCUGGCAAGGAGAUCAGAGCAAAGAAAGCUAAAAUAAAUUAAUUAUUUGCAUAAAAAA